AUGUGCGACCCAACAUUUUCUUUUACGGAGACUUCGGGUGGAAAUUUCCAGAACGAGAACUCCUCCACCUCACUAAAUACUGGAAGCGGUAGUGAUCUACCGUACCUUCCAGUAAAUAGUUUACGUGGAAGUGGACCAUCCGUUCAUCAUCGACCGUGCUGGUGGAGAAUGGUCCUCUUGCGGCUAGCUCUCAUGGCCUUUUGGUCGUAA